AUGGCCUAUGCUGAUUAUGAAGAUGUUAUGCGCCUGACGGAAGACUUGCUAUCCAAAAUGGUUUAUCAUAUCCAUGGAAACCACAAGAUCGUCUACCAUCCGAACGGUCCCAACACGGAGCCCGCGCAUGUGCUCGACUUUACCCCGCCGUUCCGCCGAGUACAUAUGUACGCUGGAUUGGAGGAGGUGCUCAAGGUGAAACUGCCUCCGGCAGACACGCUGAAUACUCCUGAAGCCGUUGCUGCGCUCGACAAGAUCGCUGUCGACAACAAGCUCGUUGGCGAGUUCCUCGAGCCGACGUUCAUCAGUCCCACCUUCCUCAUCGGCCACCCGCAAAUUAUGUCGCCGUUGGCCAAGUGGCAUCGUUCUAUCCCUGGUCUGACCGAGCGCUUUGAACUUUUCGCCGCUGAGAAGGAGCUUGCCAACGCCUACACGGAGUUGAACGACCCGCUGCGCCAACGCGCCUGUUUCGAACAGCAAGCCAAGGAUAAGGAUGCCGGGGACGAUGAGGCGCAAAUGGUUGACGAAAACUUCUGCACGGCCCUGGAGUACGGACUGCCACCGACGGCCGGUUGGGGCAUGGGUAUCGAUCGACUUUCCAUGUUCCUCACUGAUUCGCAUAAUAUCAAGGAGGUGCUCUUCUUCCCGGCGAUGCGUCCCGAGGACAGCACCCCAGGCCCAGCUCCCGUCGGCGAGGCCAAGGAGGAGAAGAAA